AUGUCCCUUACCCCUCGCGUCUUCUCGCUGCGAACUAGGCUACUGAAAUCCCCGUUCUCUACCAAUGCUUUGACGCGAGCUUCUCUGACCCAACAAUGGAGGGAACCGCAACCCACGACAUCCCGACACUUCACAAGGACAAGUUACCGGGAGCACCAAAAUCCUCUCGGCUUACCACGUAACAAUGCUCUACCGCCUCCUACCAUGCCUCGUCGCGGGGGGCCAGUGAAAAGAAAUAUUUUGAACGUCAAAAAAGUGGUAGCGGUUGCCAGUGGGAAGGGAGGGGUUGGGAAGAGUACCGUCGCUGUCAACCUCGCUUUUGCAUUGGGUCUUCUACAGAACCCGUCUACGCAUCGACGGCUCCGGGUUGGAGUAUUGGAUUUGGACAUUUUUGGACCCUCCAUCCCUACGCUUAUGGGUCUGACCAAGGCUGGUGAACCGGAUUUGACACCAGUCUGGAGGGGCUUAAUGGUGCAGAAAGCAGUUCAGCAACUGCUGUUUGACGUUGACUGGGCCGCCUCGAGUGAAGGAGGCGGCCUGGACGUGGUUGUGAUAGACAUGCCUCCUGGGACGGGAGACGUGCCUUUGACGUUGGGGCAGUUAGUAGAGGUUGACGGCUGUGUGAUAGUUUCCACGCCCCAAGAUGUUGCUCUUGCGGAUGUGAGGAAGGGUAUUGCGAUGUUGAGGAAGGUCAAUGUACCAAUAUCUGGCCUUGUCCUUAACCAAUCGCAUUACCUCUGCCCGACAUGUGUCAAUCCGGAGCCCAAAUAUCUAUUCGGUACGCCCGACCGCUUCAGAACAGUCGCGUCGAAUCUCUCCAUCCCUAUCCUCGGAGAGCUUCCUUUGGUUGAAGGCGUAAGUGGGGGCGGAGACCAAGGGUGGCCCGUUGUCUUGAAGAGUGGUGGAGGUGCGAAGGAGGCGGGUGAGAAGGGUGAACAGGCUUGGACCAGGACGAUGAUGGGUGUUGCAGAGAAAGUUGCAAAAGAGAUUGGCGUCUGGUCAUAG